AUGAAUUGUUUUUUUUGUGCAAAGUGUGAAAAUUUUGUUGCAGGAGCCACAGAAGCAUGGACUGAAGAUACAAAAAAUGGUGAGGAAAUUGAUGAGGAAGAGACCAAAAUAGCCAAGGAUUCCAAAUUGUCAGAUAUGGAUUAUUUAAAAUCAAAGGUUGUUUCAAGCAAACAGAAGACUGUAAAGACCAAGAAAAGUAAAGGAUCCCAAAAUAAUAAAAUUGAUGAUUCAGAAAAUGAAGAGGAGAGGAAUAGAGAAAGUUUGGAUGAUGAACCUAUGGAUACUAGUGCAAGAGAAAGUGACCAGGACAGUGGUGAUAGUGAUGAUAAUGAUGAGGACGACAUUGAGGAGGGUUAUGAUAAUGGAGACGAUGCUGAUGAAGAUGAUGAUAGUGAUAAUAACACAGACGACAGUCCCAAAGAAUCUUCUGUAUUUGGAACAAUUAAAAUGAGGGGAUUGCCUUUCAAGGCAAAGGAACAACACAUCAAAGACUUCUUUGCACCUCUGAGAAUAGUAGAUAUUAGAAUAAUAAAAAAUGCCAAGGGAAAGCCAGCUGGCUGUGCAUUUGUUGAUUUUGGAAAUGAGAAAGAUAUUAAGGAGGCACUGAAGAGAGAUAGAGAUUGUAUUGAGGGUCGAUAUAUUGAGCUGUUCAGAGACAAAGGAGAACAAUCACUAAAUCAGGAGAUUGACAAAGACAAACCCUGGAUGAAGAAACUUGCUGCACAAGGAGGUGAAGAAGAGUUUGAAAGCAUUGCAGAGGUAAGGGAAAAUGUAGUGUCAGGCAUGUGGUGCGUGCAACAGCUACAUCCAGGAUAAACUUGAUUUCUGCCACUCUUUCCGGUCUGGCUGCGUUCCUCCGUAUCCCUGCCUAAAAUGCGAAAUUGCNCCAUUGGAAUAGGAUUUGUCACUUUUGUCAUGCCUGAACAUGCAGUGAAAGCUUUUAAUGAGCUGGAUGGGAAAAUAUUUCAAGGAAGACUACUCCACAUUUUACCAUCAAAGGCAAAGGAGACUAAGGAUGAAGACACAGAUACAGUGACGUCUUUCAAGUCAAAACGUGACGCCAAGAAGAAAAGUCUCAGCAGCCACGAUCAUAACUGGAACACACUGUUUCUGGGAAUGAACUCUGUGGCUGAUGUCAUGGCUGAUCAGUAUAACACCACUAAAGGCAGCAUUUUAGAUGACGCCUCAUCAAGAAGUCUGGCUGUACGCAUGGCUCUCGGAGAAACACAAGUUGUUACAGAAACAAGGAAGUUUCUUGUGUCUGAAGGAGUUAAGCUUGAUGUUUUUGGGCAGCCGUCAGCUAAGAGGAGUAAAACUGUCAUACUUGUGAAAAACCUUCCAUUUAACACACCAUGUGAGGAGCUCAGGAAUAUCUUUGCACCAUUUGGAAAAGUUACCAGGCUUGUGCUGCCUCCUUCAGGAAUCACGGCUCUUGUGGAGUUCUUUGAACCAAGUCAAGCAAAGAAAGCUUUCCAAAAGUUGGCAUAUAGCAAGUUUAAACACGUCCCUCUGUACUUAGAGUGGGCUCCUCUUGGAGUAUUUUCUGGGAAACCUGAAGAGAAACUUGCAGAAGAAACAUCAGAAACGACAAAGGAGAAUAAGGGCAAGGAAACUCCUGGAGAUAAAGAAUCUGAUGUUCAAGACGAUGAAGGUGGUGAUUCAGAAAAUACUGAAGGCACGAGUCGCGCGUUCGAGUCCCUCUGUAGCAGCACUCAUUUGUACGGGAGAAGACUGGUACUAGAAUGGGCCGAGGACGAAGACAGUGUUGAUGCUCUGAGAAAGAGAACCGCUGAACACUUCCAUGGCACUCCAAAGACCGCAAAGAAGAAGAAAGAUAUUCUGGAUGACCUGCUUGACACAGAAAUACCGGAGUGAUUAUCAUUUAGUGACACAUUCAAGAAGCAAGCCAACAGUAGUGUUACUGCUUCAACAAACAAGGAAAUAAUCACCAUGAUUCACUUGAUUAUCAAUAUUGUUCAGUUCUGCCGACAGUAUCAGAACAUUGUCAUGUGAACAGGUGAUAGGAGAAAGACAAUCGUCAACUCGAAGAUAUUUUCUUGAUGAACCGUUACAUUCUCAGAACUUUCAUAUGAAACAUUGUGUGAGUCUGUAAGAGGAAUUAGCAUCGAAUUUGAGCUUUGCACAAUAUAACUCUUGCGAUAACAUUUUAAUGGGUGUACUUUUAAGUCGGUAUUAUUUUUCACAAGUACUCUUUUUAUUUAUGGUCUUUUUUUGUGCAUAAACUUUCAGUGUGAAAUAAAGUAUGAAUGAAUCAAGGUAUUGGGUUGUUGGUUUUUGAAGUUCAUCCCUUUCACUGUUGAUAUUAUCCUUGGGACGUCAUUUGGUAAGGGAGAAACAACUUGAAAAAGACUGAUCCUUUUCCUGGGACUUGGUGUUAUUUUAAGCACGCUACAACGGAAAGGAAUCUAGUAAAGCCAAAUCCACUUUGCAAAGUAGUUGGAGAGAAUUUGUCUUUCAUUAAUCUUCCACAAAAAAAAAGGGUUGGAUGAAGAGUAGUCUGAAUUGAGUUAUAGCCCCUUUGCAUGGCACUACCUCGCUAAUUGAACUAACUUAGCUGGCCGUGAAACCUUUCCAACUGUGACGCAGCUACUGGCAUCCUCCACCCUAACACAGAGUAGAGUCAUCUGCCAAAUGCAACUCGCCAAGCCUGUUUCUAGUGAUCCACCCCUCUGAUUCGGAGGACAUCCAUCUGGGAUGUACUACAGCCUCUGUCUCAGACCUUCCCAGGGGCAUAUGCAGGAAUGCAACUUCCUCGGUAGUAGCCCCUUAAGCGAGCAUUUCACCCAACCCGGCAUAACUAAUGCUUUACCUCCUUAUUUAUAUCUGUACAAUUUGUCCACGGCUCAAUUGUGGGAUGCAUUUCUUGAUCCCACAGUCCGUUAAUCUGAGUUUUUGUGGGAGUUACUGACUUUUGAUUUUGACAAUUGAACGUUAUACUACUUCUAUGCUAAGUGGCAUCGAUUGGUCCUAAUUAAAGAACAUUCUUUGUUCUACGCAUGCGUAAUAAAGACUGAUUUUAGCGAACAAGAGGUAACUACAAAGGGAACAAUGUUGCUAUUACUCUGACUAUUUUGUUUCUACAAAAUUUUCUUCAUUUACUAAAAAGUUCGCAGUUCUUUACGUUAUUUUUUGUUGUAAUAAUUAUUGUCGGAGUCUAAAUAAAAACGUGUAACACAAGAGUAGAAAAUUGUUAGUACUGUACUUUUUGAUAAAUGGAAGCCCGUUUUCUCAGCAGGCAAGUUAGCGUCGUGAUCCUAUAGACAGAAAGAAGUUUCUUAAAACAAUGAUAACUGUUAAGGUAGAGAAAGACGUUUGUACUAAAAAAAAAAAAAGAUUUACGUUUAUACUUAGAUGCAGGGCUGAUGUUCAUUACUCUAAAUGCAAAAUAAAAGCUGAACAUUAAUGAUUUCUGAAAAGUUAACUUCAAAUUUCCCCCAUCAAGUUAAUACAAUAUAAAGUCGAUAGGUAAUGAGAAUAUGGAAAAUUAUCAACUAAAGGAAAUUUGUCUUGAUUUAUCACCAAAUUCUCAGAACUUAAGUUGAAUAAAUUCAUAUAAUAUUAGUGUGGAGAAUUUAUAUUUACAAAGUCUACUCUUUCCCCUCUGAGGUACUAUAAUGGUGUGAGAGGAGUUUGAAAAGUUACUACGUGUAGAAUUAUUGAAAGCCAUUAAUAAAAGCUUGUGCGCUCAACGAGAAACUGCUUGAGAGAGAACACAAAGAAUUUCACUCAGGCGGUCUUGUCGUCUGAUCUAUUGUUGUGUUGUCUACGACACCUAUAAUUAUCUUUAUCUCCAAACCUCAGACCUGAACAAAAUUAAGCAUGUGGUUACUUAUUGCUGCUCAGCAACUCUCGGGAGGUGUAAAACUGCUGGUGGAAGUGUUUUUUCUUUCUUUCUUUCUUCCACCUUGCUCAGGAAAGUGUCGAAUUUUUCCAUUAUCGCUUCUAUGAUCUAGUUAAGUGAAAACUCGCUUUGAUAACGG